UCUGGGAUGGGUUUAGUGCGCUGUGCUGUGCUGUGUAUAUGGGGUCUGGGGGAUGGAGAUAGGAUGGCUUGUAUGUACAAAAGGUUGGUGGGUGUUGAUAGGGAUGUGCUGUAUAUAUGAGAACACGUAUACGUUUAUGUUGAUUUCACAUGGGUGAGGGCUGGAUUGAGGUCUUGCUGGGUCUGUCUUCACUGAGAUAUGCUGGACCUUCACCUUCGAGGCUUUCGAUGCUGGGUGUGGUUGUUUGUGUUUGGAGCGUGGUGAGCAGAAACACAGUAGGCUACGUGAUUAGACGCCUAUCUUUGAUUGGCUGUUUAAUUACUCUUGGAUAUCGAUGGUCAAUCUAUCAACUCAGGGCCGGUGAUGUACACAUUUGUGAGGCUACUUUGAUAACAGCAUACUAAGGCUGGUCAAAGUAACACACAAAGAUUCUGCUUCCCUCAACCACAAAGUCUCAGGUGAAGUGAAGUCUCGCUUAAGUGGGUCUUUACUCUGUCGAUGACUUCUCCCCACCUGGAGGAACACACCCUCACCUUUCCUUCCUGUCUUCUCCAUCGAUGGGACAACGCGACCUUGCAACCCAAGUGCAGAUUGCAGAUCGUUUGCUCACUUGAUUGCAC